AUGGGUACCGCUUCUUCGCUCGUGAGCCCCGCGGGCGGGGAGGUGAUCGAGGACACGUACGGGGCGGGCGGCGGCGAGGCCUGUGAGAUCCCGGUGGAGGUGAAGCCCAAGGCCCGCCUGCUGCGCAGCUCGUUCCGCCGGGCCCCGGGUGUGGCGGCUGCGGGAGCCGGGCCGGGUUCGCUGCCCCGUGGAGCGGGCGGCGGCGGGCUGCUAGGGGCCAGCUUCAAGUCUACUGGUUCGUCGGUGCCCGAGCUGGAAUACGCGGCUGCUGAGUACGAGCGGCUGAAGAAGGAGUACGAGAUCUUCCGGGUCAGCAAGAACCAGGAGUUGUUAUCCAUGGGCCGCCGGGAGGCCAAGCUGGACACGGAGAACAAGCGGCUGCGGGCCGAGCUGCAGGCACUUCAAAAAACUUACCAGAAGAUACUUCGGGAAAAGGAAAGUGCUUUAGAAGCAAAAUACCAAGCAAUGGAGAGAGCAGCUACAUUUGAACAUGACAGAGAUAAAGUUAAGAGGCAAUUUAAGAUUUUUAGGGAGACCAAGGAAAAUGAAAUUCAGGAUUUAUUGAGGGCCAAGAGAGAGUUGGAGAGCAAACUUCAGAGGCUACAGGCUCAGGGGAUCCAUGUAUUUGAUCCCGGAGAGUCUGAUUCAGAUGACAACUGUACAGAUGUUACUGCUGCUGGAACCCAGUGUGAAUAUUGGACUGGUGGAGCCUUGGGAAGUGAGCCUUCUAUAGGGAGUAUGAUCCAGCUUCAGCAAUCCUUCCGGGGCCCUGAGUUCGCCCACAGUUCUAUAGACGUGGAAGGACCCUUUGCUAAUGUCAACAGAGAUGACUGGGAUAUUGCUGUGGCUAGUUUAUUGCAAGUUACCCCCUUGUUUUCACAUUCUCUAUGGAGUAACACUGUCAGAUGUUACCUCAUUCAUACAGAUGAAACCCAGCCUGAAAUGGAUCUUUUCCUUAAGGAUUACUCACCUAAACUUAAGAGAAUGUGUGAGACAAUGGGAUAUUUUUUCCACGCUGUGUAUUUUCCAAUCGAUAUUGAAAAUCAAUACCUCGCUGUAAGAAAAUGGGAAAUUGAGAAAAGUUCAUUAGUUAUCUUAUUCAUUCAUUUAACCUUACCAAGCCUUUUAUUGGAAGACUGUGAAGAAGCUUUUCUGAAAAACCCCGAAGGCAAACCACGAUUAAUUUAUCAUCGUUUGGAGGAUGGGAAAGUCAGUUCUGACUCUGUCCAGCAACUGAUUGAUCAAGUUUCUAACCUGAACAAGACCAGCAAAGCCAAGAUCAUUGAUCACUUGGGAGAUCCUGCAGAAGGAGUCUAUAAAACCUAUAUUUAUGUAGAAAAGAUUAUUAAACAGGACAUCCUGGGCUUUGAAAACACAGACCUGGACACCAAGGAUUUGGGCAGUGAAGAUUCUAUUCCAGAAGAAGAUGAUUUUGGUGAUGUUCUAUGGGACAUACAUGAUGAACAAGAGCAAAUGGAAGCUUUUCAGCAAGCUUCAAAUUCAGCCCAUGAGUUGGGAUUCGAAAAAUACUACCAGCGCCUUAAUGAUCUUGUGGCAGCACCAGCACCAAUUCCACCCCUUCUUGUAUCCGGAGGACCAGGCUCUGGAAAGUCCCUUCUUUUAUCAAAGUGGAUCCAAUUACAACAGAAGAAUUCCCCUAACACACUAAUUCUUUCUCAUUUUGUGGGGAGGCCCAUGUCAACCAGCUCAGAGGCUUCCUUGAUUAUUAAACGACUGACUCUAAAGUUGAUGCAGCAUUCUUGGUCAGUAUCUGCUCUGACAUUGGAUCCUGCUAAGCUUUUGGAAGAAUUUCCACGUUGGCUGGAAAAACUCUCUGCCCGUCAUCAAGGCAGCAUCAUCAUCAUUAUCGAUUCUAUAGAUCAAAUUCAGCAAGUUGAAAAGCACAUGAAAUGGCUGAUAGAUCCACUGCCUGUGAAUGUAAGAGUAAUUGUUUCUGUGAAUGUGGAAACAUGCCCUCCAGCAUGGAGGCUGUGGCCUACUCUUCAUCUUGACCCUUUAAAUCCAAAAGAUGCAAAAUCUAUUAUAAUUGCAGAAUGCCACUCUGUAGACAUUAAAUUGAGUAAAGAGCAGGAGAAGAAGCUAGAACGACACUGUCGUUCUGCUACAACCUGCAACGCUCUUUACGUCACUCUUUUCGGCAAACUGAUUGCACGUGCUGGGAGAGCAGGCAAUUUAGAUAAAAUCCUUCUUCAGUGUUUCCAGUGUCAAGAUACUGUUUCAUUAUAUAGGCUUGUUCUGCGAUCUAUCCAGGAGUCCAUGGCAAAUGAUACAGAUAAAGAACUAAUGAAACAGAUUCUCUGCCUUGUAAAUAUUAGUCACAAUGGUGUGAAUGAGUCAGAAUUGAUGGAACUCUAUCCUGAGAUGUCCUGGACUGUCUUGACCUCCGUUAUUCACAGUUUACACAAAAUGUGUUUGUUGACUUAUGGUUGUGGUUUGCUCAAGUUUCAACAUCUACAGGCUUGGGAAACAGUGAGACUAGAAUACAUGGAAGGUCCCACCAUUAUUGCUGCAUAUAGACAAAAGCUAACUAAUUAUUUUACCAUGCAGCUAAGUCAGGACCGAGUGACUUGGAGGAGUGCAGAUGAACUGCCUUGGCUUUUCCAGCAGCAGGGAAGUAAACAGAAGCUGCAUGAUUGUCUUCUUAACCUCUUUGUGUCUCAAAACCUCUAUAAAAGAGGACACUUUGCUGAGUUGCUGAGUUAUUGGCAGUUUGUUGGCAAAGACAAAAGCGCGAUGGCAGCAGAAUACUUUGAUUCAUUGAAGCAGUAUGAGAAAACCUGUGAAGGCGAAGAGAGCAUGGUUUGCUUAGCUGACCUUUAUGAAACCCUGGGGCGAUUUCUCAAGGAUCUAGGCCUUCUCAGUCAGGCUGUUGUGCCUUUACAGAGGUCUCUGGAGAUUCGAGAAACAGCUUUAGAUCCAGAUCACCCACAAGUAGCUCAGUCUCUCCACCAGCUCGCAAGUGUGUAUGUGCAGUGGAAGAAGUUUGGCAAUGCAGAACAACUGUAUAAACAGGCAUUGGAAAUCUCAGAAAAUGCCUAUGGUUCAGACCAUCCACAUAUUGCUCGCGAACUUGAGGCACUUGCAACUUUGUACCAGAAACAAGAUAAAUAUGAACAAGCUGAACAUUUUAGGAAAAAAUCGUUUAAAAUUCGUCAGAAAGCUGCAAGGAGAAAAGGCAACUUGUAUGGAUUUUCCCUGUUACGUAGACGGGCCCUACAGUUAGAAGAGCUCACGUUAGGUAAGGAUACACCUGACAAUGCUCGGACCCUCAAUGAACUGGGUGUGCUGUACUAUCUUCAGAACAACCUGGAAACAGCUGAGCAGUUUCUGAAGCGUUCCUUGGAGAUGAGGGAGAGAGUUCUAGGACCAGAUCACCCUGACUGUGCCCAGUCUUUGAAUAAUCUGGCAGCUCUAUGCAAUGAAAAGAAACAGUAUGACAAAGCAGAAGAACUUUAUGAAAGAGCCUUAGACAUUCGGAGACGAGCAUUAGCUCCUGAUCACCCUUCUUUGGCUUAUACGGUAAAGCAUCUUGCGAUCUUAUACAAGAAAAUGGGUAAACUUGACAAAGCUGUACCUUUGUAUGAGCUGGCUGUUGAAAUCCGGCAGAAAUCCUUUGGCCCACAGCACCCAAGUGUAGCUACUGCCUUGGUGAACUUAGCUGUUCUUUAUAGCCAAAUGAAAAAACACAGUGAGGCCUUGCCGUUAUAUGAACGAGCAUUAAAGAUUUAUGAGGACAGCCUGGGUCGGAUGCAUCCUCGAGUUGGAGAAACACUAAAAAAUUUAGCUGUGCUUAGCUAUGAAGAAGGGGAUUUUGAAAAAGCUGCUGAACUAUACAAAAGGGCAAUGGAAAUAAAAGAAGCAGAAACGUCACUUUUGGGUGGAAAAGCUCCUUCCCAACACUCAUCAAGUGGAGAUACAUUUAGCUUAAAAACAACCCAUUCUCCUAAUCUUUUCCUUCAUCAAGGACAAAGGUGA